UCAAGUGAAAUAUGUGGCAACGGCGUCUCAAUUUCAAUCGCCAUUUCCCGUUUCGCCUUCACAAUCCCAAUUAGCCCCGACCAAAUUCGGCCGCACGUUGUUCCGUGACGCUUUGUACGUCAUUAAUUUACCUCCAGUCGGCGUUCCAAUUGCUUGUUGCAUGAGUCAGAAGACAGAAAAACCCACACUCUCAGGCCAGCGCAUCAAGACUCGAAAAAGGGAUGAAAAGGAGAAAUAUGAUCCUGUUGGAUUUCGAGAUAGUGUCCUUGCAGGAUUUUCUGAAGCUGGGGAUGAUCUGGAAUCCAUCUACAAAUUCUUGGAUGCAGCUGGAUCCAAGCUAGAUUAUAGGCGUUAUGGAGAAGCUCUGUUUGACAUUCUUAUAGCAGGAGGCUUGCUGGCUCCUGGUGGGACCCUUGUUCAGGAUGGGAAAUCAUGUCGCACUGAAACUUGUCUAUUUGGCGGGGAUGAUUCCAUGGAACAUGUCAAAGGAUGGGAACAGGUUUUUACCAAGUUAAUGCGCCGCUACAAGUAUUUAGAAAAACUGUUGGAGGAAGAGAUGAAGAAAGUGUUGGUGUACAUAAAAGGAUUUAAUGAUUCAGAGCGUGUUAAGCUUGCAAGAAUGACUGCUCUUUGGAUCUCGAAUGGCUCAGUCCCUCCAGCUGUUCUUAAUUCCCUCAUAAAUGAGCAUCUGGUCAAGGAUGGAUUAGCUCUUGAUUUUCUGUUAAAUGUUUUUGUCACCUGGAAGCAAGAAAAAGGAGCUAGCAGUCUCACUACAGCUCUGAGAAAAGCUGGCAUUGAUUCUAGCUUACCGGAGUUUUUUCCACCAAAUAAACGAACGGAAGAAAAUUUCAAGCUUGUUUUUGAAGAAAAUGGUCUCAUGGAAGUGCUUCGCUUCCAAAAAGCUCAGGCCAAUCAAGGAAACAAAAAAGAUUUGCAAAAACAGUUGGAAGAAGAUAUUAGUGAGAAUAAGCCGGUGAAAGACAUUAUUUCUUCAGUCAAGGAUGCUGUCGUCAAGUUUCAUUUGCAGGAACAUGAAGUUAUUACUUCAUUGUGGAAUACAGUAAUGGGAGCUGUUGAAUGGAACAAAAAGGAAGAGUUGGUGGCUGAACAAGCGUUGAAACAUUUGCGCCAAUAUGCUCCCCUCUUUUCUUCCUUUACGCAAACUAGCCGAUCUGAGCUUGCUCUGAUUGUGCGCGUUCAGGAAUUUUGCUAUGAAAAUAUGAAUUUCAUGAAGGUCUUCCAAAAAAUUGUUCUACUAUUUUACAAAACCGAUGUAUUGUCCGAAGACACCAUUAUUAAAUGGUACAAAGAAGCACAUUCAGUGAAAGGCAAAUCCGUCUUCUUGGAGCAGAUGAGUAAAUUCAUUGAAUGGCUACAAAACGCCGAAGAAGAAUCUGAAUCUGCUGGUGAUGACUGAGCUACAAUACUGAAGAAAUGGCGUUAGAUGCAUUGCUGUUUUCUAGGGAUGAAUUGCUCUUGGCACACUCACUGUACUUCACAUUUCCUUCUCUUGAACAAUCUUUCGGAAUAUUUUCCUUUUCUCUGAACGUUCCGUUCUUUACUUUAUAUCUUCAAGUAAAGGCAUGAAAUGAUUAGCUUCAAACAGUAAAAUUCAAUUGAGAACGCAUCCUUUUUAUUUUAUUUUUAAUUGUGCAACCCGUAACCUUGUUCAAAUUUUUUGGGAUUUCGCUGACGUCUUCUGAACGCACGAGUUCCAUAGUUGAUUGCUUUACUUAUCAGUUUGGGUGUGUGGGAUUUUCAUGAGACAAUACAACAAGUUUCACGAUAAAA